UACGUCAUACAAACACAAACAAUUGCCUCUUCGCGAGCAACUGCAACGGUAUUACCUGAAGUAAAAAUAUUCAUCGAACGGGAAGUAUAGUUCGAGUGCGUCUCUUGCCAAUAAUUUAAUUCGGAGAGUAAAAAACAGGUGUCUAAAUGGCUGCACCACAACCUCCACCUUAUCCAGGUUUUAGACCUGACAUGGCAGGACAAGUUUAUCCUAACCAACAGUAUUUUCCUGGUCAGCAGUAUCCAGCAGGUCAACCUUAUCCUGCACAGCAGUAUCCAGCUGGGCAACCGUAUCCUGCACAGCAGUAUCCAGCUGGGCAACCGUAUCCUGCACAGCAGUAUCCAGCUGGGCAACCGUAUCCUGGACAGCAAUAUCCAGCUGGGCAACCUUAUCCCAAUCAACAGUUCCCCAAACCAAAUCAGACAGGGGCUCAACCAGGAAACUUUGGCACUUAUGGUAUGCCUCAAACAGCUGGAGAUUCAACAUUCAAAGAAGAAAUUAUACCAGGAUGGACAGGAUUUUCUGACAAAGCUAUUAGAGCUAUAUUUAUAAGAAAGGUCUACUUUAUCUUGAUGAUACAAUUGGCAUUUUCACUUGGAGUUAUUGCUCUUUUUGUUUUUGAGAGACACGUCAAAUUGUUUGUGCAAAGAAACAUUUUCUGUUAUUAUAUAUCAUAUGCCAUAUUUCUUGGUGUGUAUAUUGCUUUGGCUUGCUGCGGAAACUUGAGGAGGAAAUAUCCAACUAAUAUGAUCCUAUUGUCCAUUUUUACUAUAUCUAUGAGUUACAUGCUGGGAACCAUUUCCAGUUUCUAUGAAACUGAUGUUGUUUUGAUGGCAGUUGGAAUUUGUGCUGCAGUAUGCCUUGCAGUUUCAAUAUUUUCGUUCCACACAAAGUUUGAUUUUACUUCUUGUGGUGGAGUUCUCUUUAUCUUGGUUUGGGUCCUGUUUCUCUUUGGAAUCCUCACCAUUUUCACAUACAACAGGAUUAUGACAACCAUAUAUGCUGGAUGCGGAGCUUUGCUCUUUACAUUGUUCUUGGCAUAUGAUACCCAAAUGUUAAUGGGUGGCAAGAAGCAUGAGCUGAGUCCAGAAGAGCAUAUAUUUGCUGCCAUGCAGAUCUAUUUGGAUAUUGUAUACAUUUUCAUGUUCUUGUUGACAAUACUUGGAUCAGGAAGAAGUAAUUAAAGGAGCGCAAAAAGUUGGCACAGAUGCUGCUUUGAAAUGUGUACAUUAAUAAUCAUUGCUGUUUUGAAGAAUAUUUCAAGGUGUUCGAUCAAAUAAAACUCUUUCUUCUUAAAGUUUUUGAGAUUGUUAAAUAUAUAAUUUUUGCUGAGAUUCUUAUUAUUCCAUAUAAUUUUGUAUUGUCUUAAAAGUAUUAAUAUACUUUUAAUACAAAAAGGAUACACUUUCAUAUGACUGACAUUCCUGAAAGUUGUGAUUUUAUCGAGUUUAUGAUAUUCUGAAAUUCUGUUCCCUUUGAAAUAGAUAUUCAUUUAAGAAGAAUGCCUGCAGAGGGAGGUCACAUUUUAAUACUGAAUGCAGUAGUUUUUUACAUGUUGUUCUAGUAUUAUUUUAUGGACAUUGGUAUCCAUCUAAUUUUCUAAAUUUUUUUGAUUAUUAAUCAGUUUAACUUGUAAUAAUGUUUAAUGUAAAAUAAGUUCUCUGAUUAACAUAUAAUGCUGUUGUAUUUGAUUUUUUUUCUAUUAUAUUCUAUUAUAUAUAUAUAUGAUAUUGUUUUAUUUUUAAUUUCUGUACCAAGAGUUCUACAGACAAAAAUUUUCUUAUUAAAAAAAAUUUUUUUAGCUGAAAUAAUUGAUAGAAAAGGUUUUUAAUCCAUUUAGAAACUUAUUGUUUAAGUACAAAAAUGGAUGGAUAUUAUUUGAGAUAAAAUGAGCUUGCAGUUGAUUUUAAUGUCUGUUUAUAUUGCUAAUUUUUGUUUCAUGUUUUCCUAGUCUUGUUUUGUUCAGUGUUUUAAUUUAAUUUGUUGAAAAUAUCUGCUCAGUGAAUAUAUAUAUAUAUAUAUCUUUUUUUCCCCUUCAAGAUAAAUGUAUUUAUCUUGGGAAUAGCACCAUUUCAAUGUGUGUUGUACUUCUUAAUGUGUAUAUAUUGUCAAGAUUAAUUAGUAUAUCUUGAAAUAAUCAUAUUUAAUCUGUAGCUUAUUUAUUACCUCCCUAAUAUGUGCCCGGUUCCUUCACUUGUAAUUUAAUUAUAAUAGAAUAAACUGUCUAUAGAACUUG